CUGAACGCUGCUUAGAAUGCUGGUUGCUGGAGUAGAAAAUGGAUUCAGCCAGGGAUUUGUAUUAUAAUCUUAAGUAUCAGUACUUUGGACAUUAAUUUCCAUAAGAUCAAUUGGACUUAGCUCUUAGGAAAUGCUUCCCUACCUAUCUUGCAUCUACCCUUUUCUUUUGAUGUAAAUAACUUUGGGCCCUAAAGCUACUGCUUCUUCCACCUAUGAAUACAAAUUGGAAACUAAUUCAGCCUCAACUAUGGAAUAUUGAAUAAUUAUUGAUCAAGCAGGGACUGCUGUCUUCCCAUCAGGGAUUUCUUUAAGGUUGCUAUGGGAAUCUUAUGAUAAUCUGAGAGGAAGUAAGUCCUGAUAAUAUUGCAGUUAUUCAUCAUGUGCCUGGAGUGAAGAGGAAGGGAAACACUUCACAUAUCUAAGUGCCAAGGCUCUGCUGUGUCAUGGCUACAGACUCUGGUGAAUCAGCCAGCACAGAGGAAUCGGAGAAACCUGAUGGAGUUUCUUUGGAAUGUAUGAACCCUUCUGUUGAUGGUACUUUGACCAUGGAGGCCAGGACCAAAGAGGGUGUUAGCACACGUGUCUCUGGGGCAACUAUAGAAAGAAAAAGGUUUUUCCGAAAGAGUGUGGAGAUAAUGGAAGAUGAAAAGGACUUGGAACUUACUCCAAGGAAUGAACAAGAACAGUUUAUUUUGGGUGAUCAGAGGAUGGUCCAUCUUUCUGCCAGAACACUUGUGGCCGAGCAGGAAGCCAGAAAUGAGCAAAGCUCAAAGGUGAUUAUGGAAGCCACAAAGGAAAGGACCAAGAAGGAGAUAGAAGAGGAGGCAGAGAUGAAGGCUGUGGCUACAUCGCCAGGUGGAAGAUUUCUGAAAUUUGACAUUGAGUUGGGAAGAGGAGCUUUCAAAACAGUCUUCAAGGGUCUGGACACAGAAACCUGGGUAGAAGUUGCUUGGUGUGAACUGCAGGACAGGAAGCUGACCAAAGCAGAACAACAGAGGUUUAAAGAAGAAGCUGAAAUGCUCAAGGGGCUACAACACCCCAACAUUGUCCGAUUUUAUGAUUCAUGGGAAUCAACGGUUAAAGGAAAGAAGUGUAUUGUAUUGGUAACUGAGCUGAUGACAUCUGGAACACUGAAAACGUAUUUAAAGCGUUUCAAACUCAUGAAGCCAAAGGUUUUAAGGAGCUGGUGCCGACAGAUUUUAAAAGGGCUACAUUUUCUGCACACAAGGACUCCUCCUAUCAUCCACCGUGAUUUGAAAUGUGACAACAUCUUCAUCACAGGACCCACUGGUUCAGUGAAGAUUGGGGACUUGGGACUUGCCACCUUAAUGCGCACUUCAUUUGCUAAGAGUGUUAUUGGAACUCCUGAAUUCAUGGCUCCUGAGAUGUAUGAAGAACAUUAUGAUGAGUCGGUGGAUGUCUAUGCUUUUGGAAUGUGCAUGUUAGAGAUGGCAACAUCUGAAUACCCAUAUUCUGAAUGUCAGAAUGCAGCUCAGAUCUACAGAAAAGUAACCAGUGGUAUUAAACCUGCUAGUUUUAAUAAGGUGACAGACCCAGAAGUGAAAGAGAUCAUUGAGGGUUGCAUUCAGCAGAACAAAUCUGAAAGGCUAUCCAUCAAAGACCUCUUGAACCAUGCUUUCUUUGCGGAAGACACGGGACUCAGAGUGGAGCUGGCAGAGGAGGAAGAGGAUGGGCUGCAUUCCUCCUUGGCUUUGAGACUUUGGGUAGAAGAUCCCAAGAAGCUGAAAGGGAAGCACAAAGACAAUGAAGCAAUAGAGUUCAGUUUCAAUAUGGAAACAGAUAUCCCAGAGGAAGUGGCUUGUGAAAUG